GCCAUCUGGCUUCGCGGCUUGAGCAUCUCCAUUCACCCCCCGUUGGCCAUUGACUCGACCGAUAAUCGAAUCUCGGCCACCAUGACGGGCGAUUCCCAGCCGCUCGCUGCCGGCGUGAACUCGCAAAGCACGAGAUUGCUGCUACGAGUCGUCAUUCUUUCCCUCAUCGCCGCUGCUGCCGUUGCCAGUCGUCUCUUCUCCGUCAUCCGCUUCGAAAGCAUCAUCCACGAAUUCGACCCAUGGUUCAACUUCCGGGCAACCAAGUACCUCGUCGCCAAUGGCUUCUACAAGUUUUGGGACUGGUUCGACGACCGAACAUGGCACCCUCUAGGCCGCGUCACCGGCGGCACGCUGUACCCGGGCCUCAUGGUCACGAGCGGUGUCAUUUACCACGCUCUUCGCGCCUUGACCAUCCCCGUCGACAUCCGCAACAUUUGCGUCCUCCUCGCGCCCGCCUUUUCCGGCCUGACCGCCUACGCGUCCUAUCUUCUCACCAAUGAGAUGACUACGUCGCCAUCUGCCGGCUUGCUGGCUGCUGCCUUCAUGGGCAUUGCCCCUGGCUACAUCUCGAGAUCCGUCGCUGGCAGCUACGAUAACGAGGCCAUCGCCAUUUUCCUCCUCGUCUUUACCUUCUACCUUUGGAUCAAAGCACUCAAGCUUGGCUCCAUGCUCUGGGGCGCACUCUGUGCCCUCUUCUACGGCUACAUGGUGGCUUCGUGGGGUGGCUACGCCUUCAUCACCUGCCUGCUGCCACUCCACGCGUUCGUUCUCAUCUGCAUGGGGCGUUACAGCACCCGCCUCUAUGUCAGCUACACCACGUGGUAUGCGCUGGGGACACUGGCCAGCAUGCAGAUUCCCUUUGUCGGCUUUUUGCCCGUCAAGACGAGCGAGCACAUGCCCGCGCUUGGUAUCUUCGGCUUUCUGCAGCUCAUUGGCUUCAUUCAGUACGUGCGCUCCGCCAUCUCCGGCCGCCAGUUCCAGACAUUCCUGGCUACCGUUCUUAUCGGCACCUUCGGCAUCGGCCUUCUUGGACUCGUCGCCUUGACCUCGCUGGGUUAUAUCGCGCCGUGGAGUGGCCGUUUCUACUCGCUGUGGGACACAGGCUAUGCCAAGAUCCACAUCCCCAUCAUCGCCUCGGUCUCGGAGCAUCAGCCGCCUGCCUGGCCGGCGUUCUUUUUCGAUCUAAACAUGCUCAUCUGGCUGUUCCCCGCUGGUAUCUACCUUUGCUACCAGGAUUUGCGUGAUGAGCACGUCUUUGUCAUCGUCUACGGCCUGUUCGGCAGCUACUUCGCUGGCGUCAUGGUCCGACUGAUGCUCACCCUCACUCCCAUUGUUUGCGUGGCGGGCGCCAUCGCUGUGUCCCACCUGCUCGACACCUACCUGAGCACCAAGAAGCCCACCAACCCCGAGGGGGCCCCGGCUGCAUCUGAGGCGACGUCUAAGAAGGCUGCCAAGAGCACCGGCCUCCGCGGCAGCGAGAAGCCCAAGGUUGGCAUCUUCAGCUUGGUUCCCAAGACUGGCGUUGUUGCGUCUCUAACCAUCUACCUUCUCAUGUUUGUUACGCACUGCACUUGGGUCACCUCCAACGCCUACUCGUCCCCGUCCGUUGUCCUGGCCAGUCGUAUGCCCGACGGUAGCCAGCACAUCAUCGAUGACUACCGUGAGGCGUACCAGUGGCUCCGCCAGAACACCAAGGAGGACGCCAAGAUCAUGUCCUGGUGGGACUAUGGUUACCAGAUUGGUGGCAUGGCCGACCGACCGACGCUGGUGGACAAUAACACAUGGAACAACACCCACAUUGCGACAGUUGGCAAGGCCAUGAGCUCGCGGGAAGAAGUCAGCUACCCAAUCAUGCGACAGCACGAGGUUGACUACGUCCUGGUCGUGUUUGGCGGCCUGCUUGGCUACUCUGGAGACGAUAUCAACAAGUUCCUCUGGAUGGUGCGCAUUGCUGAGGGCAUCUGGCCCGACGAGGUGAAGGAGCGAGACUUCUUCACCGCCCGCGGCGAGUACCGUGUCGACAGCGAGGCCACGGACACGAUGAAGAACAGCUUGAUGUACAAGAUGUCCUACUACAACUACGCCUCCAUGUUCCCACCUGGCCAGGCCGCCGACCGGGUACGUGGCGUGCGUCUCCCCGACCAGGGGCCGGUUCUCAACACGCUGGAGGAGGCGUUCACCAGUGAGAACUGGAUCAUCCGCAUCUACAAGGUCAAGGACCUUGACAACGUCGGCCGCGACCACGCCGCCGCCGCCGCGUUCGAGCGCGGGCAGAAGAAGAAGAAGGCGGCGAAGAAGAGGGGUGCCCGUGUGCUGCGUGUUGACUGAGCUAUAGAAGAGAGAAUUUGGUAUGGAUAUGGCGCAGUCAUGAAGAACGGACAGCUACAUGUUCCCUGCCGGCAAAACUGGAUUGGGAAUGUAUACCAAUGUAUGAUUAAAAGCAAGAAAUCAAACUGCAUCAUGGCG